UGACUAAAACAAACAGGGCAAAAGAGUUAUCCUAGGCUGAAUAAAGAGAUACCAUAUGAUAAAAGAGCUGAUAACAAUUGGACAUUCAACAGUCAAAUUAGUAAUUUCAAUCUCAUUCUUCACUUGGUGCUGUCGGGUAGUAAGUGUUUCUAAACCAAGAGCAAACUUCCUACCCAGAGAGCCCAGAACUGGUGAUACAUAUGCUUUAAUCAAAGAACUGCAUUCAGCACACCAAUGUUAGAAAGAGGUAAUUCCUCCAAGCCUGUCACUGUCUAGCAGAGCACUGUUUGGAGAACAAUGAAAUUGCUUUCAUUAAAGAGGGUUCUAAUUUAAUAAUAAUGGUAGUGUCUGGCUGUCAGAGUGGUCUGCUAAUGCCAUGGAGUCUGCUUCCGGACAGGAAUUGCCCACUGAUAUUAUCAGUCAUUGUAAACUGUCUUGGCUGGGAAGUCAAUCAUUAACUCUGGUCCCCAUGUCAUAAAAACAUAUAUUGUAAGAGCAUGACUGGCUUAAGGCUCUCACUAAUCAAUCAGGCAUACAGCAGGAAUACAGCAACACAUAAAAGGAGCCAGAGACUCAGGAAAUCCUUCAGCUAAGGGGAGACAAGCUGCACCGAGGUUUAUCUCCAUGGAGAAAUCCACUGACAAGCCAAACAAGGAAAACAGAUCGUCAGCUCCUGGAGUACUGCAGGCUGAGGCAAACAGUCCAGCACCCGUGGCAGGAGGUGCAGCAGAAAUGAGCAGAGCAGGAUCCGUAACACAAAACUCAGAAUGUAAGAGAGUGCGAUUCACUGAAGAGUGUACAGAAGAAAUGGAGAGUCCUUCAGGAACAGAGAGAGACAGUUCUGCUGCCUUUAAACCGGCAGUUUUGGAACAAGACUCUCCAAACUCAAGGCCGCUUGCUGUGCUAACGGACACAAACUCUUCCGAAAUGAGCACGUUGGACCUGAACCACCAGUGCUCAGACACAGCCACCCUGGACAUGGACUGCAUGAUCUGCUUCAACAAGUACAGCAUCUACAGAGUCCCAAAGCUCCUGGACUGCCAGCAUGCCUUCUGCGCUGUCUGCCUCAAGCUGAUCCUCAGGAAAGAGGAGAGCACCUGGACAAUCACCUGCCCUCUCUGCAGAAAACCCACCUUCGUGUCAGGAGGGCUCAUCCGCACGCUCCAGAAUAAAGAAGACAUCCUGGGGCGCUUGGAGAACCUUGAUUCAAACCCUGAGGUGUACAUCUGUGCCAUGGGCCUGGAUGGCAACAGCUGGACUCAGAGCAGCCAAGACAUUUUGAACACAGAGGAAACCAGCCCAGCACACAGCAGCCUGGCUGUGCAGAGACUCCUGCUGCUCCUGCUGCUUGGGGUGAUCCUCACCAUGCUCAUCCUCCCCUUCAUGUACUCAGGGAGGGUGAAAUGGGUAAUUUGUCUCCUGCUCACUUUGGGGCUGCUCAUGUCUAUGGUGCUUUGCUGCACUCCUAAAUUCCACUGCAGGUGCAAGAAGGACUCCCCUGCCUCCUGUGACAAGGAGAUCCACAUUGUUACUGUUGCCUGAAACAAUUAACCUGCCUGUCCCAGAGAUCAGGGACCGGGCCAAGGUGCGUGGGCACGCCAGUGAGUUUUGGACUUAAAAACAAUCUCUCCGAGAAUAAGUUCAACAGUUGGCUGAGCUGGCUCAAUGCCAAUGCACACUGUUGUUAAGUCUCAUUACUGCAAACAAAAGGAACUAUUUAUAUGUUGAUAUUUAUGUGUUUUCACACUUUUUUUUUUUUUUGUAAUUGUGUUGGUUUGCUUUUGCCAUUUUGUUCAUGUCUGUGUCCCUUCCUGAUCAGCCCUGCAGGAUGUUAUCUGGAACACCUGGGAGGUGAUGUCCUGCAAAACCCCGGGGUUGCUGCUCCCACUCUGAAAACAUGGACACCUUUCCGUGGGGCAGAGUGGGAAAUAAAGCUGCUAAAUCAGGGAGUGGGUGUUUGGAAGAGUUUUUUUAACCCAGAUUAUCACCUCAAUCCCUGGCAGGGAUGUCAGUUGAUGUCUUUUGAAGUUACACAUAAAAUUGGAGAGGAAGAGGCAAAAUCAAUGCUCCUGAUCUUGGUUUGUGGCUUGCAAAGGGCAAGGCUCAAAAACCUCAUGACCCUCCAAAUUCCCCACUUUAUUUAGCACUGAAAUAGUUCCUCUCACCUGAAUUCCUUUAUCAGGCAACCUGCAGGACCUCUCUUCUUGCCCCCUUUACAUUGCCGUUGAAG